ACUUCCGGUGGUUCCUGGGUUUUCUCGGGCAGGGUUGCUUUCAUAAAGCGAGGGGGAUUAACGUGCUUUAAAUGGCUGGAAAGGUGUAACAGGAUGUAUACAUUAUUGUCAGGCCUGUGGAAGUACAUGUUCCAGAAGGAUGAAUAUUGCAUACUUAUCUUGGGAUUGGACAAUGCAGGCAAAACAACCUUCCUGGAGCAGACAAAAACUAAAUUUAGCAGAAACUACAAAGGGAUGAAUUUAUCAAAGAUAACUACUACAGUUGGCUUGAACAUUGGCACCAUUGACAUUGGUUCAGCACGCCUCAUGUUCUGGGAUUUAGGGGGACAAGAAGAGCUCCAAUCAUUAUGGGAUAAGUAUUAUGCAGAAUCCCACGGUGUAAUAUACGUAAUUGAUUCAACUGAUGAAGAGCGAUUGUCUGAAUCAAAGAUAGCUUUUGAGAAAAUGAUCACAAGUGAAGUACUAGAAGGAGUUCCAUUGUUGGUAUUGGCCAACAAACAAGACAUUGAGAUCUGCCUCUCAGUUGGAGACAUAAAAACAGCUUUUAGUGAUUGUGCUCCAAAAAUAGGGAAGAGAGACUGCUUGGUGCAACCAUGUUCAGCACUUACUGGGCAAGGUGUAAAUGAAGGCAUUGAAUGGAUGGUCAAAUGUGUCAUUAGAAAUAUUCACAGGCCACCAAGGCAAAAGGAUAUCACAUAAAGACUCCUGUUUGCUUUGAAAUGCAAAAUGGACUGUCAGCUGGUUUUGUGGAUCUCCGACUUUUACAAGCAACUCCAACAUGAAAAGAAUUAGAUUGUGUUGACUCCAGUGAUUUUUUAAAAAUUUAUCUUUCACUUUACCUACUCCUUUAAUUUUGUGAAGAUCUUUAUCUUCUGUACACUAUUGUUUUGUAUCUAUGGGAACAAACCCAAUUGCAUCAUAGUAGCUGAGACCAUUAUGUUAAGAAUUUUUCCCUCUUGCCCAAUUUUUUUUAACCUUAAGUGCAAGAGAAAGCUUCUUGAAAGCUGAGUUUAAUGAGUGAUGGAAAAGUGAAGAUAGAAAAGAUCCAGGUUUGAGAAUAUUUUUGGAAACACAUGUGACUUUAGAUGCUGGAAUCUGAGGCAAAAACAAACUACUGGAGGAACUCUGUGAAGGGGACCCAAAAUGUCAACUGUCCAUUUCCCUUCAUAGAUGCUGCCUGACCCACAGAGUUUCUGCAACAAGAUUUCCCUUUUAAUGUUAUUUGAUUAGUUGGCUAAUCAUAGCUGGAGUACCAAACUAAUUCCAGGUCCCUUGGUCAAGAUUUAGACACCCAACUUCUAUGCAACAAUCCCUUCCUGAAGCAUGUAGAUCAAUAUGGGAUGUGGAUAUAACUGGACUUCUACAGUCAGCCCAUGUAAGGCAUAUUGAGGGUUAAUCAGGAAUCAAAGUCAUCAAUCUAGGUACAAAAUACAUUUAUCACACAUAAAACAACAAUUCAAAAGGGAAAUGGCAAAUAAGAGUGAUAAGGGGUGGACAAUGGUCAAUGCUUGAUAUUUUGAGUUACUAUGUGCGAUACUGUGAUGUAAUUUGAUACAAUUUAGUUUUGAAGCUUGCAUACUUCAAUUUAGAAAUAAAGAUGUAUGUGUUUAACCCAUGAGGAGACUGUUUUCCAGAAAAGGAAUUGGAUUGGAAAUGUUAUUAACUGGUGUAGGCUAUGUGAGAUGAGAUUGCAACAGGGCAGUAAUGAUGUUUAAACUGAGAAGUUGAGGGAAAGCCUGGAAAGCUUUAUUUCCCUGAGCAGCACACCUUUCCAGGUUGGGAACCUCUGAACUGGUUGAAGCCAGAAAUGCAAUGUGCACUUUUAUCUUUCUUUGCUGUCAUCUUCAUUGGAAGCAUUGGAGCUAACACUAUUCUCUGAUUAAAUAUUGUUACAACUGUAACAUUUGCAGCUAGCCCUUGCAAAGAGCACUUUUCUUUCAUUUUGGAUUGGGGCAAAUAUUGAGGCUAAAUAUUCAAACAUUAAUUCUGAGAUUUUAAUGGUAACCAUAUACAUUUUUAGUUGUUGUCAAAAUAAUCUCAUAUUGUAACUGAAUACUGAAAUUGGGUGUCAAUUAUUCUUGCUUUUGUAAUAGUUUCAAAUUCAAAUGAUCUGUAAUGUAAUUAAUUUCAUUUUGUAUUUAACAAAUAAAAAUAUU